CUUAUUUUUCAAUUUUAGUCCUAAUGCCAACCACCUCACUCUUCUCUUCAUUCUCUCUCCUGUUUUUCCUUUCUUUCUUACCUGAGAUCUUUUUAUCUUUCGGUCUUUUUUAAUUGUUAUCUUCCAUAUCUUUCAUUCAUAUUCUACUUCAUUCUUUAAGGCCUACUCUUUCUUGUUUGUUUUUUAUUUUUCUUGAUUGAAGGGUUUUUGUGCAGUUUCAGUUGUUCAUCAUAUAGAUAUAUAUAUUUUUUCUUGUAACUGCCAUGGCGACUGCAGCAACUCCUCAACCAGUGGAGGGACUUCAUGAUGCAGUUCCUCCUCCAUUUCUCACGAAAACUUAUGACAUAGUUGAAGACUCCAACACCAAUCAUAUUGUUUCUUGGAGCAGCGGCAACAACAGCUUUGUUGUAUGGGAUCCGCAGACCUUUUCCAUGAGUCUUCUCCCUCGAUAUUUCAAGCACAACAAUUUCUCCAGCUUUGUUAGACAACUCAACACUUAUGGAUUUAGGAAGGUUGAUCAGGAUAGAUGGGAGUUUGCAAAUGAAGGGUUUCUGAGAGGGCAAAGGCAUCUUUUAAAGAACAUUGGGAGAAGAAAAAAACUUCAACCUCAGGCAUCACAGCAAGCUCUAGACGCUUGUGUUGAGGUGGGAAGGUUUGGAUUCGAUGGUGAAAUUGAUAGAUUAAGGCGUGACAAGCAAGUUCUAAUGGUGGAAUUGGUGAAGCUGAGGCAGCAACAACAGACUACUACGGAGUAUCUUCAUGUAAUGGAACAAAGGCUGAGAAAAACUGAGAUGAAACAACAGCAAUUGAUGAGUUUCUUGGCCAGAGCUAUGCAAAAUCCAAACUUUGUGCAGCAGUUAGUCCAACGAAAAGAUAGAAGGAAAGAAUUUAAAGAAGUGAUCACCAGAAAGAAAAGACGGUAUAUUGAUCAAGGGCCUAAUUUUGUUAAGAUGGAACCUGAAGAAUAUGGUGAUGACAUUUCUGAUUUUGAAGUCUCAGAACUAGACAUUCUGGCUAUGGACAUGCAAGGACUAAGUGAUAGCCAAAACAUUAACCCACCAGGGAAAUUUGUAGAAAAAGGAGAUCAUGAAAAUAUAGGCACAGAAAAUAUGGAGUUCUGGGAAGAUUUCUUGAAUGAAGAUAUUGAGGAAGAAGGUGAAGGAGCAGAAGAUGUAGAUGUUCUUAUUGAGCAACUUGGUUUCAUGGGUUCAAGUCCUAAGUGGAGAGAGGAGGAGAUUGCAUAAUUUACUCCUUCAUUUGCUGUUUUCUUCAAUGAGCUGGAGCUGAGUUAGAGGUACCUCUCUAGUUAUAUAUGUACUGAGUUACAGGUACCUCUCAUUUGACAAUGAAAGGAUGUACUCCAAGUGAGUAAAUCAAACAAGCUAGCCAAUUUUCCUUGCAAAAAGUAGUUUAGAAUUUUAUUUUAAUGUUCCUUGCACAUUCUAGUAUGUCUUUUCUGCUUUGAUAAUGGUAUCAUCAUAUGCAAUUGAUCAUCUUGAAGAUUGUAGAACAAUUUUUAGUUAAUAUUAAGUACUUAUUAAUCACUUUAUUAA